AUGACAUUUCGUUGUUUCAACGCUAUCAUCUCUCUAUUCUCAAAGAGCUAGCUUUAAUGGCCAUCUCUCUCUCCAACAUAGUCCCUCCCUUCAAAAUCCACCCCCACAACGUAUUCCAAUCUGAAAAACACUUUCUCGUACCAUCUCUUCCCCAAAAUUCUCACUCUAGAUUCUCCAAGAAAGUAGAAACCAUAGGACGAGCAUUGUCCGAAACAAGCGAGUCCUUGUCUUCAACCAUAUUUACCCAGAUCAACACAGAAACACCAAAAGUUGAGGAAGAAGAAGAUUAUCAAGAAAAACAGCAACCGGAGAAGCCGGUAGCUGAUCGGUGGCGAGAAAUCCACGGUGAAGAUGACUGGGUGGGCAUGCUUGACCCGAUGGACCCGUUGCUCCGCUCGGAGCUCAUCCGGUAUGGCGAGAUGGCACAAGCUUGUUACGAUGCUUUUGACUUUGAUCCUUUCUCCAAGUACUGCGGAAGCUGUAGAUUCAACCGUCACAACUUCUUCGAUUGUCUGGACAUGACAGGAUACGGAUAUGAUGUCACAAGGUACCUCUUUGCCACAUCUAACAUAAACUUGCCAAAUUUUUUUAAGAAAUCGAGGUGGCCUAAGGUUUGGAGCAAAAAUGCCAAUUGGAUCGGGUACGUGGCCGUGUCCAACGAUGAAAUGUCACUGCGGUUAGGCCGUCGUGACAUUACCAUCGCAUGGCGGGGCACAGUGACACGACUCGAAAUGAUUGCAGACAUGAUGGACUUUCUAAGACCUAUCUCAUCCGACAAGAUCCCUUGUCCAGACCCAACCGUAAAAGUCGAGUCGGGAUUUCUCGACCUCUACACGGACAAGGAGGAGACUUGCCGGUUUUGCAAGUUCUCAGCUAGAGAGCAAAUAUUGAGUGAGAUCAAGAGGUUGAUAGAGAAGUACCAGGAUGAAGAAUUGAGCAUAACCAUAACGGGUCAUAGUUUGGGCAGUGCACUAGCUACCCUAAGCGCCUAUGACAUUGUCGAAACCGGUUUGAAUGUGAUGGGUGAUAGUCGGGCAGUACCCGUUUGUGUUUUUUCAUUUUCGGGUCCACGGGUCGGGAAUGUGAGGUUCAAGGAAAGGCUCGAGUGCCUCGGAUUGAAGGUGCUGAGGGUGGUAAACGUUCAUGACAUGGUGCCGAAAUCACCCGGAUUCAUUUUUAAUGAAAAUGUACCUCCGAUGAUGAUGAAGAUGGCGGAGGGGCUGCCGUGGAGUUACUCGCACGUCGGAGUUGAGCUUGCGUUGGAUCAUUGCAACUCUCCGUUCUUGAAGCAAACGGGCGACCCGGUUUGUGCCCAUAACUUGGAGGCUCACCUGCAUUUGCUUGAUGGAUACCAUGGAAAAGGCCAUAGAUUUGUGUUAGCAAGUGGAAGAGACCCUGCACUGGUGAACAAGGCUUGUGAUUUCUUGAAGGAUCACUACCUGGUCCCACCUAACUGGAGGCAAGAUGCCAACAAAGGGAUGGUGAGGAACAACGAUGGCCGUUGGAUGCAACCUGAACGGCCCAAACUCGACGACCACCCUGCAGAAACACACCAUCGCCUCAGGCAAUUAGGGUUGGCUUCUGAUCAUCAAUAGAUUCUUUGCUAUUUAUUAUUGUAGAAGAAGUUAAAUAUAUCGAACAUUUAAGAUUAGCUUCUUUUGUGAAAUUGUUAGGCAUUGAAGAAUCGCUUCCUUGUCAUGGUUAGAAAAUGAUAGGCACAGAAAUGAUUGAAGAUAAACUUUAGAUGUAUGAAGAUAUUAAUUAGUCUAUGACGUCACUGUAAUAAUCAUGAAUUCAGGGCUCGUUUCCGGGCUCAUAUGGUAUGCUGGAGUGUUAAAUCAUGACAAGGAAAGAACAACAUAUAUAGGAAGAAGAAAGCUUACCAUUCUCAAACUUGAAACCAAAUUUUAAUUGGACUGAGAAAGAUUCAUCAUUUGGCAUUAAUAGAUAAUACAAAAAUAAAAAAUAAAAAACUAAAAUAUAAAAAAUAAAAAAUAAAAAAUAAAAAAUCCUUAAAAUUGAUAGAAAUAAAAGAAAACAAGUCGAACUUCAUUUAUUAGAAUUGCCUCUCGCUAAAUAUUGCAAUAACUUAUCUGCGGCCAACAUGUAUCUGUGAUACUUAACCUGUUAUACAAUAUAGGACUAUCAUCAAUGUGUGCAAAG